AUGCAUACACCUACCCUCUCGCAGCUGCUCACGCCGCUAAUCCUCGCCGGCGGAGCCCUGGCAAACAAUGAUGUGUCGAUACUGAGCAAAGAGGUUGGCCGAGCCCAGAACGAGUCGCUGCUAUGGGGGCCUUACAAGCCGAAUCUCUAUUUCGGUGUUCGGCCGCGGAUUGCGAACAGCUUGUUUGCUGGGUUGAUGUGGGCGCGUGUGAACGAUUACGCCGGAUCGCAGGAGAACUUCAGACAUACCUGCGAGCAGAACGAGGGCAUGGCCGGCUACGGUUGGGAGGAGUACGAUAUCCGCAAGGGCGGCAGAGAAGUCAUCCACGAUGCGGGAAACACGUUGGACUUGACGAUUGAUUUCGUCAAGGUACCUGGCGGCCAGCACGGGGGAAACUGGGGCGCUCGCAUUAAGGGUGUGCCUCGUGAGGAUGCUCCUGCUGGACAGGCGACCACGUUAGUCUUCUAUACCGGUCUCGAGGGUCUCGGUCAGGUGGGUGUUGCGACUGAAUCCGAUGAAUCGGGCUUCACGGGCGAUGUCAAGUUGACGGGCUACACGUCAGGCUUGGGGGAUUUCUCGCUCGACGUGACUGCCGGGCCCGAGAGUAACGAGCACCCGUUUCACAAUCAUCCAAGCUAUGAUGAGAAGCCCUUGGACCUCACUUUCGUGUCCAGUGGGUUUCUGCCGUCCGAGCAUCUGUGGCAGUCAAAAGUCAUCCUUUUCACUCAACUGAAGGCCGAAGUCGACCAGUACGUCGAGACUUAUGGCGCAGAGAACACUCCUCCCCCGGCCCAGAUGUUUACCCUCAAGAAUGCACCGGCAGAUGGCAAUAUCCACUUGGUGCAGAAGGUGUUCCAUGGAGCCUUCGAGUUUGAUGUUCUGUUCUCGUCGGCGUCUUCUCCGCAGCCUAUGACUUCCGAGAUUCUCACCAAGCAGAUUGAGAGCAACUCGGUUUCAUUUAACAGUCGCUUUGACCAGGUCCUUUCUCCCCAGGCUCCUUUUAACUCUGAAGAAUACUCCCAAUUCUCCAAGGCUAUGCUUUCCAACUUGGUCGGUGGUAUUGGCUUCUUCCAUGGCUCCGACAUUGUGGAUCGCUCGGCGGCAGAAGAAUACGAGGAAGAGAACGAAGGGUUCUGGGAAGAGACUGCAGAAGCCAGAGCCCGCGCUAGGCCUGUCCUCGAGGGUCCUAAAGAGCUAUUCACCAGCGUUCCCUCUCGACCAUUCUUCCCCAGAGGCUUCCUUUGGGACGAGGGAUUCCAUCUCAUUCCUGUCGUCGAUUGGGACAUUGACCUUGCUCUCGAAAUUGUCAGCAGUUGGCUUAACCUGAUGGAUGAAGAUGGCUGGAUCGCCCGUGAGCAGAUUCUGGGCUCGGAGGCCCGCAGCAAGGUGCCACCCGAGUUCACGGUUCAGUAUCCUCAUUAUGCCAAUCCCCCGACUCUCUUCAUCAUUUUGGAGGCCUUCCUAGACAAGCUGGGUGUCAACCAGUCUACCUCUCCCGAGACCCUUGACAGACAGGAUGUUACAGAAAGUCUGCGUUCCGCUUAUGUUGAUCAUCCAGAACUUUCCGGUGCCUAUUUCCGCUCCAUCUAUCCGUUGUUGAAGAGACACUACUUCUGGUACAGAAGAACCCAGAAAGGCGAUAUUAAGUCCUACGACCGUGAGGCAUUCUCCUCUAGCGAAGGAUAUCGUUGGCGCGGACGAUCUGUCCAGCACGUUCUGACCUCCGGAUUGGACGACUACCCACGACCGCAGCCGCCGCAUCCUGGUGAGCUCCAUGUGGAUCUUCUGAGCUGGAUGGGCAUGAUGACCCGCUCAAUGCGCCGCAUCGCCGAAGCUCUAGGCGAGAUCGAAGAUGCCGAGGAGUUCAAGGUCUAUGAAACUGCUAUCGAGCGCAACGUCGAUGACCUUCACUGGGACGAAGAGUUCCAGACCUACUGUGAUGCAACCAUCGAUGAAUAUGAGGAAAGCAUCCAUGUCUGCCACAAGGGUUACAUUUCGAUUUUCCCCUUCCUCACUGGAAUGCUGGGACCUGAUAGCCCUCGCCUCAAGGCUGUUCUGGAUCUAAUCAGCAAUCCCGAGGAGCUUUGGAGCGACUAUGGCAUCCGAAGCUUGAGCAAGAAGGACGAGUUUUACGGUACGGCGGAGAACUACUGGCGGAGCCCGAUCUGGGUGAAUAUCAACUACUUGGCGUUCAAGAACCUUUAUGAUAUUGCGACAGCCCCUGGUCCUCACCAGGAGCAGGCCCAAAAGAUCUACUCUGGAUUGCGGCGCAACCUGGUGGAGAACGUCUUCCGCGAAUGGAAGAGGACAGGUUUUGCCUGGGAACAAUACAACCCGGAAACAGGCCAGGGACAGCGGACUCAGCACUUUACCGGCUGGACUAGCAUGGUGGUGAAGAUGAUGUCUAUGCCCGACCUCGCCCCCGGCCAGCAGGAAGGCCACGACGAGUUGUAG